GAGAGAGAGAGAGAGAGAGAGAGAGAGAGAGGAGGGGGAAGGGGAGGUGGGAAAUGCCGGGGAGAUCGUCCUCGUCUACUCCGGGACCCUUCCCAGUGGCAAUCUCGUGAAUAUAUUCGAUCGAAUGCGAGGAAUCAUCUUAUAUUAGAGAGAGAAGGAGGGAUCUCUAGAGAGGGGGAGAGAUGAGGCUUCUGGAAUUCGUACCUUGCGGCCGAAUCCCGACGCGAUCGGAGGAGGAGGCGGCGGCGGCGAGAUCGGAGGCGGGGAGAUCGGCGUCGCCGCCGGAGAAGAGGCGGAGGAGGAGGUCGAACUCGGCGGCGGCGACGUGGAAGCCCACGCUGGGAGCGAUCAGCGAGAACUCCGCGGAGGAGGAGGAGGAGGAGGAGGUGGAGCGGCGGCGGGGAAGGGGAGGAGGGUUAGCAAAUCGCCCGGGUGGAUCCUUCCUCGCACGGAUCCCGAUGAUCUCCGGAACUUUGGAGUGGCCACAAUGGUACCAACAUUUGCUCCAGCUGCUUUCUUGUUCUAGUGUUUGUGGAGAGCAAAUUAAGAAGGGGGGGGGGAGUGUGUGGGGACUGUAGAUGCUUCAUUUGUUUCAAAAGUCUCUUUUCAUAUUUGUAACUGACUUAUAUGAAGAUCCUGUUGGUUUUUAUUUGAUGUGAA